AUGCAGGCUCCUGUCUUUCUCUUAGUUUUAUUGUUUGUGGGAAUUGUCAACUCACAGAACCCGCCUUCUCGGCUUAACCAUCGCCAAAGCUUUCCAACGGGUGGCGAAAACAAAGUUUGCGGACAGAUUCGAGAUGUGAUCCCACGAAAUUCGGGGCGUUUUCGCAAAAUUUUGAUCAGAAAUACGAACGAUGAAGCACAGUAUGAAAAUGAGGAUUGUCGACGCAUGACAGCGCGCGCUAAAAGUAAACUUGAUAUUCUGGCGUCGCGAGUGCGCACUGAAUGGUCCGGAAAAGCUGUGAGGGUUCUUCAAGCCUGGACCGACCAGGUUAACACAAAUGAUCCACUGUCCUUACAUUACGAAGGUAUGUUGAACUGUUUUUAAUUUUCUUUUGCGAAUGUUUUUGGUAUUUUGUUUCAAGUACUGCUUGUAGAACAGCACGAGCUGUUAGGAAAGAUUCAGACAGUGGUCAUGAAGCCUUCUUUAACUUGAGUAUGCGAGGGAUUACUUUAUGAACUUGUGUUGACAUUAGAAAAAUUAGCACUUGUAUUAGGUGUUUAGCCGACUAUAUGCUUGCCAAAUCAUUUUCGUAAGAGAAAGUAUUAAAUGGCCGAGCAGCAGUGAAGCCCUGGUUUAACAUUUAAUAACUGCUUGUGUUAAUACGAUUGCACUGAUUUACUGCAUAGAUGCAUGAGAAGACUUUUGCACUGAAUCCUUUAUUUCACUCUCUCUUGGUUUUCUGAGUCGGCAACUCUAGAUAAGUUUCAACUCGUUCGCUUGAUCACAGUAGGAACAUUUGUGAUCACAGUAGGAAUUUUGCAUGAGUAAAUUCUAAGUUUUGAAGGAUUUGUAAGAAAUGUUUGAGGAAACUGAUUUAGUGUUACAGGGCAAACCUUAGAAUUUACCGAUGCAAAAUUUCUACUGUGAUCACAGAGACUUAGUGUUCAUAAGAAUAUAAAUGGAACACGAAACAGUAUGAUUGAGCAUUUUAAUAAAAUUUAUUUUGCUCUUACGACAGAAAAUAAACACAGAUCGAGUGCACGAAAUUAGACCUAGACAAUAAUAUUGACCUUUUGAAACUUGCCCAUCGAUGAUGGUAAGAAUGAAUGUAUUGUUCAUCAAAGCAGAAAAUAGCAUACUUCUGUGUUAAAACUUGCAAACACUGCUCUGCGCUAUUAAAAGAUGAGGUCACGUCGAAGUGAACUUUAAAGACAUUCAUUUCAGUGUUUGAAUAAACCCGGAAUUUGCCUCCAUGUAUAAGUAAACAUUGUGAAACGUCGGAUAUUUGUACUUAUCAGCAGAGAACACAAUUAAAAUGUUUUCAAAACAUCACGAAACAACAAUGUGAUUUAGAUGUGGAAUUUAAUUAAACUAACAGGGUGUUAGCCGGGAAAAAAAUAAUUCAGCAAAAUGUUUCCUAUAUAUUAGGCGACAUUUCUUAAGUCUGAAUGCCGCGUCUCGUUAGUGGCAUUUUCGUGGCCUAGGGCAAGGCGCUGAUUGGCCGAGCUAGAUUGAAACCUUUGAAGUGCCAUCUUCGUUACCAGGGCGUCUCGGCUGACUGCGUAACAAGUUUUAAAUUUGUGUUUUGUUUUAAUUCCAGGUCGUUCAGUGCGUCUUCGAAUAUCUGAUGGUGACCGCGGGAAACUGAGUCGUUUGGCGGGUCUUGCAAUCGAGGCGGGAUUUGAUUGGGUCGAAUACACCAAUGUAGAUUAUAUACGUGCCUCCGUCAUCCCCGAUGGUAAGCGACGUUUGGUGUAUGUGAUUUAAUUGCAGUUGGGUGAAAUAUAAUUUUUUGGCCUAUGAGAAAAGUGUAGUCCGAAUUAUAUGACGGAUUUUGACGUCCAAAAUAAAACCAUAAAUUCCCGAUUUCCCCCCGAGCUAAUUCCAGCUUUUCAUAUCGCUAAUGAAAUUAUCAGUUCAUAAAACCAUAGUAUUAUUCCUUAAUUAAAGGCACAGUUCAGCCUUUUGAAUGAUGGUUUUUUUAAUUGAAAAAAACUAACUAGGAAAAUCAAUUAUGCAUAAUUCAAGAUGAGUAAACUCGAUGUUUUUAACAAUAAAAAUAUUUUAAAAUGUUAUUAAAAACAGUAAGUUUUGCUGAUUUUAAAUUAUGCUUAAUUGAUUUUCCUAGUUAGUUUUUUUCAAUUAAAAGGGUUGAAAUACGCCUUAAGGCUGAGGACUGGAGACCCUAGGACUGGAUCAAAAUUAAUUCACCUCACUUUAAGUAUAGUGAUAUAUUCGUAACAAGAUGUCGUUUCAAAUUCGGACGGAACUAAAUUUAAGUCAUCGCAUUUUUAUCCAGUCUUCGACUUUGCCUCGGGCUUGGUCAAAUUGGGCCGCGGACUUGAAAUCUACAAUCCUGGACAAAAUAUAUGGCAAAAAUGUCAUUCUAUUUCCCUUCCCCCAAUAUCAAUGUUGUUUGCGCCAAUACACUUGUUUUCCCCUGAAGAUUUAACCAAAAAUAGCAACAUUGAUAUAGGGGGAGGGACGAGCGUGCCUAAGAUUUGAUAUAAAGUAGACACCUGCCUAUAUAUGACGGAAAAUAAGACAACAGAACAAGAAAGAAUAAGAUUAAAUAAGUUUUGCCAAACUAUUUUGUCCAAGAUUGUAGUUCAUUCCUCAUAGUCGGAUUUGAAAUAUUAUAUCACACAAUAUGAAAACCUUUUUAUAUUUCAGUGUGUCAAACCUCCGUUGAUCUCGUAUUUCUACUGGAUGGUUCUGGUAGUGUUCGCGCCAACAACUUUGGGAAGGUGAAAGAAUUUGUUAAAAAAGUUGUGGACUUCUUCAAUAUUGGCACAACAGGCACACAUAUUGGUGUCGUCCAAUUCUCUACCAAACCAGUAACAGAAUUUAAUCUUAUCAGACAUUUCACCAAAUCUGGAAUGAAAAAUGCUGUGGAUAGAAUACCAUACCGGCGCGGUUAUACGUACACAGCUGAUGCAUUAAACCACCUCCGUAGCAAAAUUUUCACACCUCCAGCGGGAAUGAGAACUGAUGCUGGUAUCCCAAAAGUUUUAGUGUUAAUUACAGAUGGUAGAUCUCAAGGUGCUUCCGUUAGACCCCCCGCAGAAGCACUGAAGAAUAUUGGUAUAAGUAUUUUUAGUAUCGGUGUAGGCAGUGGUAUCAGUGUUUCACAGUUGAAAGAAAUCGCUUCAGAUCCAGAUUCGGAUUAUGUUUUCCAGAGGACAUUUGAUAAUUUGAUUGCUAGAUGGGUUGAUCAACUUAGUGCUGUCUCGUGUAGUG